AUGGAGCCUACUCAGUUGAUCACUAACCUUCUCAGCGUUGGAAAUCCAGAUAAAGGACUGACGAAAACAGUUUCUGAGAAUGAUAUUAUGGAUACCCUAAAAAAGGCACGAGAAUUAUUCCUUUCUCAACCAUCUAUGGUUGAGCUCGACUCACCAGUCAAGAUAUGUGGAGAUACCCAUGGUCAGUAUUCCGACCUCCUUCGGCUGUUCUACAAGGGCGGAUUUCCUCCUUUAUCUAACUACUUGUUUUUGGGUGAUUACGUGGACAGAGGAAAGCAAAAUCUUGAGGUGAUACUGCUGAUCAUUGCAUACAAGGCAAGACUUCUGAACUUUUACUUUCAGCUCAGAUUCCCAAAGAAUUUUUUCGCUUUACGAGGUAAUCAUGAAUGUGCGAACGUGAAUCGAACGUACGGAUUUUACGAGGAGUGCAUGCGAAGGUAUCAAAGCCAAAGAAUGUGGCAGUCGUUUCAGGACACGUUCUCCGUCAUGCCUCUCACAGCUCUCGUGGCUGACAAGAUUCUUUGCAUGCAUGGCGGAUUGUCUCCUCAUCUCGAAUCACUUGAACAACUCAGGAACAUACCACGACCAACUGAAGCAACUGGACAAACACUGGAAAUGGACCUGCUCUGGGCUGAUCCAGUAAUUGGUCUCAGCGGAUUUCAGGCGAACAUGCGUGGUGCAUCGUAUGGCUUUGGACCAGAUAUUCUUGCCAAGUUCUGCAAUACACUCAACAUUGAUCUGGUUGCUCGAGCUCACCAAGUCGUCCAGGAUGGCUACGAAUUUUUCGGUGGUCGAAAAUUAGUGACCAUCUUCUCUGCACCACAUUAUUGUGGCCAAUUUGAUAACGCUGCCGCAAUAAUGGUUGUCGAUGAAAAUCUACAAUGCUCUUUUGAAAUUCUUCGUCCUUGUGUUGGCAGACCGCAACCUAAAAUUGUGCCAACUUCCAUGGGAUCAGCUGGAGCUCCUCCGUGUGCGUAG